CAAUGUGGGUGGGCAGAAUCUUCCAGAAUCUAGUGGCGUGGUCUUUGGCGGAAGAGCUUUUCUCAAGAGCUAAAACAAGAAGAAAAUAUACGGUCUUGUUGGUUUGAAUUCUGAAUACAGCCCUUAAAAUAUCGGAUCGCGUGUAACUGAUGAGAACUGAACGUGCUGACAGCUGACUGAAGAAGUGAAUAAAGUGAAGGGCUUGUCACCUCGACCACACCAGCAGCAUCGGAGUUUGUUUAGUAACGGAAGAUGGACGGGAGUGUGACAGUCAUCACCAACCCCACCGUGACCGUGCGGGUGACCAGCACCGUCAGCUCCUUCGAGGUGAACCGGAGAUUCAACCGAGGAAUAACGAUCGCAGACUUUAAGGGUAAACUGGAGCUGAUUGUGGGCACCCCAGCUGCUUAUAUGGACCUUGAGCUAUUUAGCACUUCAGACAAGUUCUUACAGAAGCUAGACAACAAUGAAGCGCUGUUCGGCUCCUAUCCUGUGGAUGAUGACUGCAGAAUACAUGUGACAGACCGCAGUGGUACGCAAAGUGGGGAGUUCACUGAUUUGUCAAAGGUGGAGAAAUUUGAGAUCUCUGAUGAUGCCUAUGAAAAAAGGGCAGAUUCAAUACGUAACUUCAAGAAGAAUAUGAAGUUAGGUCGAUUUAAUGAGGAAAACAGGGCCAAGCAAGAAGAGGCUCUUGCUAAGAAAGAAGAGGAAGAGAAGGUGGCCGCUGAAGCCCUUGUGGUUGGGAAACGCUGCAAAGUUCAAGUUCCUGGGCAACCUACCAAGAUUGGCACAGUCAUGUUUGUGGGUACAACAGAUUUCAAACCAGGCUACUGGGUUGGUUUGAAAUAUGAUGAGCCGCUGGGGAAGAAUGAUGGCAGUGUGAAUGGGAAACGUUAUUUUGAGUGUGAGCCAAAAUAUGGCGCCUUCGUGAAGCCCCUCUCAGUAACUGUGGGAGACUUCCCUGAAGAGGACUAUGGUUUGGAUGAGAUGUAAGAUGAGCAGUCAGAAGCAUCAGAAGAAAGACCCUCUUUCUUCCAGAAGUUUGGCUCCAUGCAGUGAGAUAUUGCUGCGGUAGAAGGUUUUUUGUCGUCAAUGCAGAUCAUUUUGUUUUAUGGUGCUCUGGAAGAGAUCAACGAAAAUUGUACCUUAAUUUCCUGCAGUCAAACUCAAGGAAUGAUCUUAAACAACAUCUGUGCCCUGGCGACUAGAAGUAACUAGUAAGGUAAAUGUGAGAACGCCAGCCGAGGUCAGAGUAAAGAAAAGCAUUCGCUUGCAUGUUGAUUGUUCAUUAUUGAAUUCCAAAGUUCUGCAGCUAAUUUGAGCCCAGACCGAAUAAUUUUACUUCAAACAAAACCGCAACAGAAAAUGUUCUUCACGUUUUUGCAGUUCUGUGCACACUGUAUUGUAUAAAUGUCAUAUUUGUAUUAAUGAAUUCCUUCUUUUCUGCAGCCCAUUACAUUCUUAUGCAUCAUUAUGACUGUGUUUAGGGUAUCAGUCCCUCAUUCUCUUUGGCACUUUAGCGAUUAUCUCAAUAAAAGCCUCAGUUUUUUCACGGUUCUGUAUUUUCAGUGUAAACUACAGAAAUGUGAUAAGAAGUCUUACUUUUUUGUGAAAAUUGGCAUGUAAACAUUUUUAUGCAUGUCGAAUUUAUUUAUCAGAAAAAUCUCAAAUCUUUGUUUCAAAUAAAUCCAUUUGCCAAUUUUGGACAUCCUCAGACAUAUGCCCAAAUUGUCUUUUUUUUUAAAUUGUCUUUUUUUAUUUUUUUUAACUGCCUUAACACGUUGCAUGGGACUCAUGUUGCAGUAAAAAACGCUGUAGUACAGCCCUAAAACCUUGAUGGCUCCCAAGUGGUGAUAAACAUUUGGUUUUGGUGCACAGCAAGUCAGCAACAUAUAUGAUUCAUAUGAAUGCCAUAAGUAUGUUUUAGUAGCUUUAACAAAAUGCAGUGUAAAAGUAGAAAUUUUGGACACUAAACCAGGGCCAGGCACAAACACUGAUGUUGGAGAUAGAUGUGCAUCUCUUCCUUCCUUUACUCCAUGCUUACAUUGAAUGGCCAUAAAUAAAAAAUAAAAAAAGUAUUUUUGUUUUUGACAAACGUACAGCCUCAGUCACCAUUUGCAAAGAAAGUACAAUUGAAUUUAUCAUUUAUCAAAUACAUGUGUGGCCAUGGGAUUUCUGUCUCAACUGAUCGUGCCUGAGUGCACUUAAGUUUUUGUCAAUGUAUUUUGAUUUUCCCCUCCAGACUGUGAUGCUUUGCAAAAAUAAAAUGAGUUUCAAAUCA